UUAGACGGUCCCAGAAACUUUGCACCCGGGGGCGGACACCGCGCUGCAGCCUCCCUGUGAGCUGCGGGCGAGACGCCCUCUCCAAGCAGCCCCAGCCCUCAGGGCCGCUGCCGGCGUCGCAGGAGGGGAGGCUCAGCCAGAGCGCGGUUCACUUAAUUUCUGACCCCUCCCCCCGCAGGCGCCCCAGCUAAGCCGCGCGCGGGCGAGCGGGGCGGGGGGACUCACUUGUCCCGGCCCAGGGGAGUUGCCGCCGGCGGAGAGCAGCGCGCAGCAGCCCCGGCGGGUUGGCUGGGCCCGGGCAGCGCGCCCCGGCUCCCCUCGCUCUGAGCGGCCCCUUCAAGAGCAGCGACGUGAGCGCCGAGCCGGGAUUGGCGGGGGGAGAGGCUGGGCGCGGGUUUCUCGCGCUGCUGACCCGCGGCGCCUCGGAGCUUGAGGGCAGCGCGGCGAGCCCCGCGCCCCGGCAUGGGCUGUUGGGGCGAGGCUGCGAGCCUCCCGCCGACCGGGCUCCGCGGCGGGGCAGGGAUGGGAGCAGCGCGGCGGCGGGCACUGUGAGCCGGCACCGGGCGGCGGCGGGGCUCGCUCAGCGCGGGCGCGGCGCAGGCUCCGCUGCCCGGGCUGCCGCGCCUCUCUCCGCCCCGCCGCACGCCGGGAGAUGGUGACCCGCGGAGCCCCGGUGCGCCGGCCGGACACCCCCAGCUGUCAUUUGGAUGCUGAUAUGUAAGCAAAAUGGCUAAAAUCAACACCCAGCACUCCUACCCUGCUAUGCACAGGCUGUCUGUUAGGACCACUGAUGAAGAAAUUGAAAGAAUUGAAAAUGGCUUUAGCAGGACCCAUUCACUGUGUGAGGACACUUCUUCAGAAUUGCAGAGAGAGAUUUCCAUGGAGACAAGAGGCCUGUCUGAAUCCCGCAGGAGCUCAUUCACAGGCACUGGAGCAAUGGCUAGGUUAUCCCGUUUCGUCUCCUCUCUGAGAUCAUGGGUGACCCGACAUUUGCAUCAUGAAGACCAAAGGCCAGAUUCUUUCCUUGAGCGUAUCCGAGGGCCAGAGCUCAAAGAGGCGUCCAGUAGGGAAAGUAACACUCACUCCAAUUUGAGCAACUAUGAGCAGCCAGACAAAGUGAAAAGUCACUGGUCCCUGGCCAGAUUUAAUGUCAACAACAGCAACAACACCAAUGAAGACAAGAAUAAAGAAAAGAAAGAGGCUAAGGAGGAGAAAAAAGAAGAAAAAAAGGAGGAAAAGAAAGAGGAGAAAAAAGACGACAAAAAAGACGAUAAAAAAAAAGAGGAGAAGAAAAAGGAGAUCUUUGUGGUUGAUCCUUCAAGCAACCUGUACUAUAGGUGGCUGACCAUAAUCGCAACACCAGUAUUCUAUAACUGGUGUAUGCUAGUGUGCAGAGCCUGUUUUGAUGAGCUACAAACUAAGCAUAUUAUAUUAUGGCUGGUCUUGGACUAUAGCUCAGAUAUCCUCUACAUACUGGACACGCUCGUCAGAUUCAGGACAGGCUUUCUUGAACAAGGUUUACUAGUCCAAGAUGAAAAGAAAUUAAGACAACAUUACACUACAACUGCACAAUUCAGAUUGGAUAUGCUCUCUCUGUUACCAACAGACCUGGCAUAUUUAAAACUAGGGUUUAAUUACCCUGAACUACGGUUUAACCGCUUGCUGAGGUUUGCCAGGCUAUUUGAGUUUUUUGACCGCACAGAAACCAGGACAAACUAUCCAAAUAUGUUUCGGAUUGGAAAUCUUGUCUUGUACAUUCUUAUCAUCAUCCACUGGAAUGCAUGUAUAUAUUUUGCAAUUUCAAAGCUUAUUGGGUUUGGAACUGACUCCUGGGUCUAUCCCAAUGUGACCCAUCCAGAAUAUGGACGUCUGUCCAGAAAGUAUAUUUACUGUUUGUAUUGGUCAACACUGACACUGACGACAAUUGGAGAAACUCCGCCUCCGGUGAAAGAUGAAGAGUAUCUCUUUGUGGUCAUUGACUUCUUGGUGGGUGUGCUGAUCUUUGCUACCAUUGUCGGUAACGUAGGAUCUAUGAUUUCAAACAUGAAUGCCUCCAGGGCAGAGUUCCAGGCCAAAGUUGAUUCCAUAAAACAGUAUAUGCAUUUCCGAAAGGUGACAAAGGAUUUGGAGGCCAGGGUCAUUAAAUGGUUUGAUUACCUCUGGACCAACAAGAAAACAGUAGAUGAGAAGGAAGUUCUUAAAAACCUUCCUGACAAACUUAAGGCUGAAAUUGCUAUUAACGUCCAUCUGGACACGCUAAAGAAAGUGCGUAUCUUCCAGGAUUGUGAAGCUGGGCUUCUUAUUGAGCUGGUGCUGAAGCUGAGACCUACAGUCUUUAGUCCUGGAGAUUAUAUAUGCAAAAAGGGGGAUAUUGGGAGAGAAAUGUACAUCAUUAAGGAGGGGAAGUUGGCUGUGGUGGCAGAUGAUGGCAUAACACAGUUUGUUGUCCUAAGCGAUGGCAGCUACUUUGGUGAAAUCAGCAUCUUAAACAUCAAAGGUAGCAAAUCUGGUAACAGGAGGACAGCCAACAUCAGGAGCAUUGGUUAUUCCGAUCUAUUCUGUUUGUCCAAAGAUGAUUUGAUGGAAGCCCUCACUGAAUAUCCUGAUGCCAAAAAGGCAUUGGAAGAGAAAGGGCGGCAAAUUCUGAUGAAGGACAAUUUAAUAGAUGAGGAGGCAGCAAAAGCAGGAGCUGACCCUAAAGACUUGGAAGAAAAAGUGGAAAGACUUGAAAGCGCUCUGGACAAUCUACAGACUAGGUUUGCUAGGCUCAUGGCAGAAUACAACUCAACCCAACUGAGAGUAAAGCAGAGACUCACUAGAGUGGAAAACAAAGUGAAGAAAUAUGGAAGUGAUUCCUUAUCUGAUGGAGGGGAAGAGUCUGUAAAAACUGAGGAAGUGGAGAAAAAGAAUUAAUAGCUCAUUUAUAUUUCUCAUUUAAUCUAGAAUAUUUCAGCAUGGAAAGCCAUAAAUAUAUAUAAAAACAUAUUAUAUAUGUGAAAACACUCACACACAUGAUUAUUUUUAUAUGGACUCCAAGAGAAUGGCUUUUAGAGUUGUUAAUUAAAGGAAUAUUUUCUUGUAAAUAGGAAAUUGUUACCUUUUAUCUUGUUUUUAGGAAGAGACUUUGGAUUGCUAUUUGGGUCUUUUUUUGUACUGAUGACGACAUGUUACUUACGAGUUGUGCUCAGAUUAUCUUUAAUGUGGUAUGUAUAGAUCUUGACACAUUUAAUUGUUGUUUAUGCUCUUGUUGAAGGAAUCAUGUGUAAAGUAAUGGACGCUUCCAGAAAGAGGAGACAAAUCUGUAUUAAUAAUUAACUAUGCUAUGUCCACACCAUCUACCUUGGUAGCCUAGUAACCUACUAAAUACAUGUAGUAAAUCCA